AUCAUCUAUAAGUCCCAUCUCUGCAUGGGUGAACAGUUUUGAGGUGCCAUGGAACAAAGUGAGGCUGACUCUUAGAAGAGCAGUAGAUGCUGGUGAGAGGCCAGCUCCGGAUGACCGCAGACACUUGAUAAAAGUCACUGUUGAUGCGAUGAGAGAGCGUUCCUUGAACCCUACUCGCAGAGAGUGUGUGGUAGUGGCUAAAGCUAUAACUCAAAAAUAUCCAAAUAGCUUUUUAGACAAAAAUGAAGAGGGGGAGCUAAUUGGAUGUGGGUAUUUCAGCGUUAUAAAUCAGCUCAAAACCAGAGUAGAAUAUUUGAAUCGAGGCAACUCUCUUUCCCGUCUGAGGAAGCACAAACGCACCCAGAGAGAUUAUGAGGAUGGUGAUGAUGACCAGCCAGCAGUAGCUACAUGUGCAAGAAUCGACAGUUAUGGGUGUGUUCGUUGGCAGCCAGCGGACUAUCCAGAUGGGGAAACAUCAGCAUCAUUAGAGGAAAAGAAGCUUGAGAUGAUUGAUAUAUUCAGCCGAGAGGGACUAAAGGGCGCUGAGAGAGGAAGGGUAGAAGACCUAAUGGCAAUCACUUAUGCCAAACAGCGGGAAUACAUCAACGCAAAGCUUUCCCCAAGCAUUCUGGAUGUGGGUAAAGAGUGGCCAUUUCUCUUUUCACAGAAGUUUUUAUUGUCACACUUCACCACUCUCACCAAUGUUGAACUAUACACAAGACUGAAUGAAGAUAUGGACAAAAAGGGUAAAAGACUCCUGGAUUUCUUCAGUAGUCAGAUUACAAAGUGGAGGAAAGAAGUAAGAGCUGUUCUGAAGGAAGCCAUAAAGAAGGACCGAGAAGGAUCUGAUGGCCUAGCAGCGAUGCUUGUGAUGUUGGCACACUUCAAAGAGCAAGAGGAGUCACUUUUUCUCAUUGCUGAUGAGACUACCACUCCCGCAGACGCAGAGGCCCAGCUGUCUCUCCCAGUCACUCCAAGGAUCAUCAUGCUUGGAGAGACAAUCCUGACUGCAAAAAAAUGGAUGCUGUCGAUCGAGGGGAGGGUCGUAAUCCCACCUGGUGCUCACAUGGCAGACUUCACCACUGCCUUGGCCGCUCUCUUCGCCUGUUACUAUGUAUUCAAUCUAGAGUAUCAGGUGGAAGCCAGCACAACACUGGAGUUUGUUCAGAGGUAUUUUUUAUCUUAAAUAGUUUGAUUACAGUGUAAAAGCAAAUUGACAAUUGAAAAGCUGUUCAAAAUCAUCUUCUCCCUUUAAAAUUAGGGGUGUGAACUGACACUGGUCUCACGGUUCGGUUCGAUUACGAUUAUCAUGUC